CCAUUCUAAAAAGUAAAACGAAAAACAAGCCCUAGCCGUGGUGGUCUUCAUCGUUCAAGCCCUCACUCUCUCUCGCCGCUGUCGCUCCUCGGGUAAUCUCUUUCUCUCGAUUCUUCUAUGUUCUUCGAUUGCAGAUUACGGAUUCAAUCCAAUCCAAUUUUCAACUGACGGUUUUCAUUGGAUGGCGAAAAGACCAGAACCAGACGAUGAUGAUUUUAGCGAAAUUUAUAAGGAAUAUACUGGUCCUCCUCGAUCUACCACCAGCAAUGUACAAGAUAAAGCGAAAACAAGCAAAAGGUCUCAUGCAAGUUCUGAUGAGGAAGAGGAACCUCGUGACCCCAAUGCUGUCCCAACAGAUUUCACCAGUAGGGAAGCUAAGGUUUGGGAGGCUAAGUCUAAAGCUACAGAGAGGAACUGGAAGAAAAGAAAGGAAGAAGAAAUGAUCUGCAAAAUAUGUGGCGAAUCAGGCCACUUUACUCAGGGAUGCCCAUCUACUCUUGGAGCAAACCGCAAGUCUCAAGAUUUCUUUGAAAGGGUUCCUGCAAGAGAAAAGCAUGUGAAGGCGCUUUUCACAGAGAAAGUGAUACACAAGAUUGAAAAGGACAUUGGCUGUAAAAUUAAAAUGGAGGAGAAAUUUAUAAUUGUUAGUGGCAAGGAUAGGCUAAUUUUGGCAAAAGGCAUCGAUGCAGUGCACAAAGUGAUUAAGGAGGAGGGUAAUAAAAAGGCUUCGUCUACUUCUCACAUGAAUAGGUCUAGGUCACCUGAGCGGAGCCCUGUUGGCCCUCGGUUUGGACGCUCUGAAUCCCAAAAAUCUCAUCCUAGUCCACAAAAUAUAGCACAGUUCCAACAGAGAUUUGGCAGGCAAGAGAGAGUUGUGGAAGACCGUAUUCGUGACGAUAUGCAGAAACUGUCAAGAGGUUCCCCACAAGCUUAUGGUAAUGAUGGAGCUAGAGGUCGUUCAAGCCAUUCAAAAUCUCCAGCUCAGCCCCCUUACACGGGCAGUUCAUAUAAUUCAUAUGAUGGACAUAAUCAGAGUGUGGGGGUCUACAGAAAUGAUGGGUGGGAUACUGAGAGACGAGGAUCUGAUAUGCAAUCUGGCCGUAAGUUUGAAUACCCUGCCGCCCCACAGACAUUAGAGGAGUUAGAGUUGGAAUAUAAGAGGGAGGCAAUGGAUCUUGGAAGAAUUCGUGAUAAAGAAGAAGAUGAAGAAAAUUAUAAGCAUCGUGAGGCUGUUAGGGAAAUGAGAGAGAAUUACAUGAAGAAACUAGCUAUCUUAAGGGGCACGCAUGCAAAGCAAUGGGAGGAAUUUCUUCAACUUGAUGCUGAAAGGCAACACCAACGGGCACGUCAACAGAUGUCCAGUUCAGGUUUUGGUGGCUAUAAGCAGGCCAGUUAUUCUGAUUAUGAUGGUUCCUCUGCCAAUCCUCAUUAUGCUGGAGCCAAUAUACCUAUGGAUUCAAGGGGCAGGUACCCGAACCCUGUGGAAAACUAUCCUCCUUCAAGGCCUCAUGAUACUUACAGUGAGUUUCAGCGUCAAAGGAGAGAAGAUUUUGGGAAAGCUUACCACCGAUACUAAAUUGGUAUUUUGGAAUUAAGUUUGGGUCCAGAUCUUGAUUGGGUACGAGUAAUGCACAGGGGAGCCCCAAAUUUAGGUAUGCUCAGUUAUGUUUUUGGGCUUAUGAAAGAAAAUGACAAACAUCAAAUUCUGUUGGUACAGUUCUUUCCUUCUCAAUUUGGUGUUCUUUUGUUCAAAUUUCAUUGCAGACAAAUGAUUUUAGCUUAUUUGUUAGGCUAGUAUUGUUUUAAAGUUACAACUUUGUUAGUCGUGGAGAUUUCACAUCAAUUAUCAGAGUAGGACCAAAGACACUGCUCAUUGGUUUGGAGUACUAAUGGUUGAAUUCAAGGUUAAUUGUUUGUUUUUUCUUC